AGAUCUCCAAUCCUAAGCUCUUCCAGCAUAUACAAAUCAUGGGGUCUCCCCCUCUACAAUCCCAAUGCUAGUCCUAACCAAAGAGGCGCCACAUCAGACCACCAUCCAUCCACACAUCCGUCACCCACCUCACCACCGAGGCGGGCGCCAAUGCCGCCCCGCUCCCGCGCCGUUGCACUUGCACCAACGAGGCGGCUCGCGCUCCUUGUAUCAUCCGCCUUCGCCGCUCUUCUGCUCAUCAUCUCUCCGUGCCACUGCGUCAAUGAGCAAGGCCAGGCUCUGCUAGAAUGGAAGAAGUCGCUAAAGCCGGCGGGCGGCGCGCUGGACUCGUGGAAGCCCACGGACGGCACCCCAUGCCGGUGGUUCGGCGUGUCCUGCGGCGCGCGCGGCGAGGUCGUGUCCCUGAGCGUCACGGGGGUCGACCUCCGCGGUCCGCUUCCGGCUAGCCUCCCAGCGACGCUCACGACCCUGGUGCUCUCCGGCACGAACCUCACGGGCCCAAUCCCGCCUGAGCUCGGCGGGUACAGCGAGCUGACCACCGUCGACCUCAGCAAGAACCAGCUCACGGGCGCGAUCCCGCCCGAGCUCUGCCGGCUCUCCAAGCUCGAGACCCUGGCGCUCAACACCAACUCCCUCCGCGGCGCCAUCCCCGACGACAUCGGCGACCUCGUGAGCCUCACGCACCUCACGCUCUACGACAACGAGCUGAGCGGCACGAUCCCGGGGAGCAUCGGGAAGCUCAAGCAGCUGCAGGUGAUCCGCGCCGGCGGGAACCAGGCGCUCAAGGGCCCGCUGCCGGCGGAGAUCGGCGGGUGCACGAACCUCACCAUGCUCGGCCUCGCCGAGACCGGCAUGUCCGGCAGCCUCCCGGAGACGAUCGGGCGGCUCGAGAAGCUCCAGACGCUCGCCAUCUACACCACAUUGCUCUCCGGCCGGAUCCCCGAGUCCAUCGGCAACUGCACCGAGCUCGCCAACAUCUACCUCUACCAGAACUCCCUCUCCGGGCCGAUCCCGCCACAGCUCGGCCGGCUCCGGAAGCUCCAGACGCUGCUGCUCUGGCAGAACCAGCUCGUGGGCGCCAUCCCGCCCGAGAUCGGGCAGUCCGAGGAGCUCACGCUCAUGGACCUCUCGCUGAAUUCUCUGACCGGCAGCAUCCCGGCCAGCUUCGGCCGGCUGAAGAACCUCCAGCAGCUGCAGCUGAGCACGAACCGGCUCACGGGCGUCAUCCCUCCGGAGCUCUCCAACUGCACGUCGCUCACGGACAUCGAGGUCGACAACAACGCGUUAUCCGGGGACAUCCGCCUCGACUUCCCCAAGCUCCCGUACCUCACGCUGUUCUACGCGUGGAAGAACGGCCUCACCGGCGGCGUGCCGGCGAGCCUGGCGGAGUGCGCGAGCCUGCAGUCCGUGGACCUGUCUUACAACAACCUCACGGGCCCCAUCCCGAGGGAGCUCUUCGCGCUGCAGAACCUCACGAAGCUGCUGCUGCUCGAGAACGAGCUGUCGGGCUUCGUGCCGCCGGAGAUCGGGAACUGCACGAGCCUCUACCGGCUCCGGCUCAACGGCAACCGGCUCUCGGGAACGAUACCGGCCGAGAUCGGGAACCUCAAGAGCCUCAAUUUCCUCGACAUGAGCAGCAACCGCCUCGUGGGCCCCGUGCCGGCGGCCAUCUCCGGGUGCGCCAGCCUCGAGUUCCUCGACCUCCACUCCAACGCUCUCUCCGGCGCGCUGCCCGACGCCAUGCCGCGCACUCUCCAGCUCAUCGACGUCUCCGACAACCAGCUCGCCGGCCCGUUGAGGCCCGGCAGCAUCGUUUCGAUGCAGGAGCUGACGAAGCUCUACUUGGGGAAGAACCGGCUGACGGGCGGGAUACCCCCGGAGCUCGGCUCGUGCCAGAAGCUCCAGCUGCUGGAUCUCGGGGACAACGCCUUCUCCGGCGGCAUCCCCGCGGAGCUCGGGGAGCUCCCGUCGUUGGAGAUCUCGCUUAACCUCAGCUGCAACCGUCUGUCCGGAGAGAUCCCCACGCAGUUCGCGGGGCUCGACAAGCUCGGAAGCCUCGACCUGUCGCACAACCAGCUGUCCGGGAGCCUCGACCCGCUCGCGGCGCUGCAGAACCUCGUCGCGCUCAACGUGUCGUUCAAUGGCUUCUCGGGCGAGCUCCCCAACACCCCUUUCUUCCAGAAGCUGCCGCUCAGCGACCUGGCCGGCAACCGCCACCUCGUAGUAGGCGAUGGCUCCGGCGACUCAUCGCGGCGCGGGGCCAUUACUACGCUCAAAGUUGCCAUGUCCGUGCUCGCCAUCGUCAGCGCGGCGCUCCUCGUGGCAGCCGCCUACAUCCUCGCCCGCGCCCGGCGUCGCGGCGGCGGUGCUGGCGGCGGCAUCGCUGUGCACGGCCACGGCACGUGGGAGGUGACGCUGUACCAGAAGCUGGACAUCUCCAUGGACGACGUGCUCCGCGGGCUGACGACCGCGAACGUGAUCGGCACGGGGAGCUCCGGGGUGGUGUACAAGGUGGAGACCCCCAACGGCUACACCCUGGCCGUGAAGAAGAUGUGGUCGCCGUCUCCGGACGAGACGGCGGCAGCCGCGGCCGCCUUCCGAAGCGAGAUCGCGGCGCUGGGAUCCAUCCGCCACCGCAACAUCGUCCGGCUCCUCGGGUGGGCGGCGGCCAACAACGGCAGCACAGCCACGCGGCUGCUGUUCUACAGCUACCUGCCCAACGGCAACCUCAGCGGCCUCCUCCACGGCAGCGGUGCGAGCGUCGCCAAGCAGAGCGCGCAGCCGGGUUCCGACUGGGGCGCUCGCUACGACGUGGCGCUCGGGGUCGCGCACGCGGUGGCAUACCUCCACCACGACUGCGUGCCGGCCAUCCUGCACGGGGACAUCAAGUCCAUGAACGUGCUGCUCGGCCCCGCCUACGAGCCGUACCUCGCCGACUUCGGCCUUGCCCGCGUCCUCUCCGCCGCCCAGAGCAAGCUCGACGAUGACUCCUCCAAGCCAAGGCCCAUCGCCGGCUCCUACGGCUACAUGGCACCAGAGUACGCGUCGAUGCAGAGGAUCAGCGAGAAGAGCGACGUGUACAGCUUCGGGGUGGUGUUGCUGGAGAUCCUGACGGGGCGGCACCCGCUGGACCCGACGCUGCCGGGCGGCGCGCACUUGGUGCAGUGGGUGACGCAGGCGAGGAGGCGCGCCUGCGACGGGGACGGAGACGAAGGGCUCCUGGACGCGCGGCUGAGGGAGCGGAGCGCGGGGGAGGCGGGCGCGCAGCACGAGAUGCGGCAGGUGCUCGCCGUGGCCGCGCUCUGCGUGUCCCAGCGCGCGGACGACCGGCCCGCCAUGAAGGACGUCGUGGCGCUGCUCGAGGAGAUCAGACGCCCCGGCACCGCCGCGGCGGACGACUCGAAGCCCGCGCCCGCGGCGUCGUUGCCCGCUGCUGUCGCGGCCGCACCGGUGCUGUCACCGGCGCGCGGGGGCGCGCACUCAAGGGGCGUCUCGUCCAGCUGCUCCUUCGCCGGCGUGUCCGACUACUCUGCCUGAGAUCAUCGAUCCGACGCGCCAAAUUUUGGAUGCACUAUCAAGCUGUAGUGAUUAGUGAUGAGUAGCAGUGAGCCUGGUAAAUUUAGCAAUAGCAAGUGCUAGUAAUUAGUACACUCAAUAAUUUGUUGAUUAGUUAAGGAUGCGCUACUGCGGUACCAACCAGUGCUGUACUUAGGUGUAUUUCUUCUGCCCUUGUACAUUAACGUACAGUACCUGAGCAUUGCCAUUCCAGCACAGCAGCUUCUUGGUCUUUAA